CGCGGGCGGGCAGGUUGGCUGUUUCAUUUAGGGACCCGGGAGCCCAGCGGACCCGAGCCCUCAGCCGAAAGCCCGCCCCCGGGUCCCUUCCGCGGCUGGGCAAACUGAGGCCCGGGGAGGGCCGGCGCGGGGCCUGCGGUCUCCACCCCCUCGCCCCCCACCCACCCCCAGCAGCCCGGGCAGCCGCGACCCACGCCCGCGUCGGUCCUCGCAGUGCGCACAGCCCUCCCCGCCCCCGCUGCCAUCCUGCCACGCCCCAGGCGUCGGGGGCAAAGCCCGCGCCCCCCCGCACCCGCCUCUGCGCAGAGGCUGGGGGCCUGUUUAUCUGGAGGCCCCCACCCCCCUCCACCCCGGGGGGCCCGCUCCCCCCGCGCCCCGGGGAGCUCUGGGGCCAGAUAAGCUGGCAGGCUGGCACGGCGCCGCGCAGCGGGGCGGAGAGGUCAGAGGAGGGGGGGGCGCGCCGGGGGCGGGCUGGACCCCCCCCCCAACUUGACAAAACCUAAUAACAGCCCGGUCUCCCCGGCGCAGCGGGCGAAGCCCCACGGGAGGGCAGAGACGUGGCAAGAGGGGACCUGCCGAGCCUGUUCUGGCCUCUGAGGCCGGGGUGGGGGGGGGGGGCGGGCUGGGCGUGGGGGGGGCCGGCGGCUGCGGCACCUUUAAGACAAGGGAGGACCCCUCUUGCCCUCGGAGAAACCAGGAAGGGAGUCGCGAGCAUCAUACGGGGCUUUGGCUGUACUGUACAGUUACUGUAGGGGCAGUGACGCCGCCGCCGGAGCGAGGGAGCGACGAGGGGAGAGCCUGCGAGGGGAGAGCGAGACGCGGACCCCGGAGGCGAGCGGCCGAGGAGCCCAGUCCCAACUCCGGGCCCCGGCCCCGCGCGCCCCGGCCCGGCCCGGCCCCGGCCCGGCCCCGCGAGGUCUCGGCGCGGAAGAUGGCCGGCGGCGUGGACGGCCCCAUCGGGAUCCCGUUCCCCGACCACAGCAGUGACAUCCUGAGCGGACUCAACGAGCAGCGGACACAGGGCCUGCUGUGCGACGUGGUGAUCCUGGUGGAGGGCCGCGAGUUCCCCACGCACCGCUCGGUGCUGGCCGCCUGCAGCCAGUACUUCAAGAAGUUGUUCACGUCGGGCGCCGUGGUGGACCAGCAGAACGUGUACGAGAUCGACUUCGUCAGCGCCGAGGCGCUCACGGCCCUCAUGGAUUUCGCCUACACGGCCACGCUCACCGUCAGCACGGCCAACGUGGGCGACAUCCUCAGCGCAGCCCGCCUGCUCGAGAUCCCCGCCGUGAGCCACGUGUGCGCCGACCUCCUCGACCGGCAGAUCCUGGCGGCCGACGCGGGCGCCGACGCCGGGCAGCUGGACCUCGUAGAUCAAAUGGAUCAGCGAAACCUCCUCCGCGCCAAGGAGUACCUCGAGUUCUUCCAGAGCAACCCUAUGAACAGCCUGCCCGCCGCCGCCGCUGCCUCGUUCCCGUGGUCCGCCUUCGGCGCAUCCGACGACGACCUGGACGCCACCAAGGAGGCCGUGGCCGCGGCCGUGGCCGCCGUGGCCGCCGGUGACUGCAACGGCUUGGACUUCUACGGGCCCGGACCCCCGGCCGAGCGGCCCCCGGCCGGGGACGGGGAUGAGGGCGAUAGCCACCCGGGUCUGUGGCCGGAGCGGGACGAGGACGCCCCCGCCGGGGGCCUCUUCCCGCCGCCCGUGGCCCCGCCGGCCAGCGCCACGCAGAACGGCCACUACGGCCGGGGCGGGGAGGAGGAGGCGGCCUCGCUGUCAGAGGCGGCCCCGGAGCCGGGCGACUCUCCGGGCUUCCUGUCGGGCGCGGCCGAGGGCGAGGACGGGGACGGGGCCGACGCGGACGGGCUGGCGGCCAGCACGCUGCUGCAGCAAAUGAUGUCGGUGGGCCGGGCGGGGGCGGCGGCGGCGGGGGACAGCGACGAGGAGUCGCGGGCGGAUGACAAGGGCGUCGUGGACUACUACCUGAAGUACUUCAGCGGCGCCCACGACGGCGAUGUCUACCCUGCCUGGUCACAGAAGGUGGAGAAGAAGAUCCGGGCGAAGGCCUUCCAGAAGUGCCCCAUCUGCGAGAAGGUCAUCCAGGGCGCCGGCAAGCUGCCACGGCACAUCCGGACCCACACGGGCGAGAAGCCCUACGAGUGUAACAUCUGCAAGGUCCGAUUCACCAGGCAGGACAAGCUCAAGGUGCACAUGCGGAAGCACACGGGCGAGAAGCCGUACCUGUGCCAGCAGUGCGGGGCGGCGUUCGCGCACAACUACGACCUGAAGAACCACAUGCGCGUGCACACCGGCCUGCGCCCCUACCAGUGCGACAGCUGCUGCAAGACCUUCGUGCGCUCCGACCACCUGCACAGACACCUCAAGAAGGACGGCUGCAACGGCGUGCCCUCGCGCCGCGGCCGCAAGCCCCGGGUGCGGGGCGGGGCGCUCGGGGGGCCCGACCCCGCCCCCGCCCCACCCGGCGCCCCCGCCCCGCCCGGCGCCCCCGCCCCGCCGGGCUCGCCGGACGCGCGGCGCAACGGCCAGGAGAAGCACUUUAAGGACGAGGACGAGGACGAGGACGAGGCCAGCCCCGACGGCCUGGGCAGGUUGAAUGUAGCGGGCGCCGCGGGGGGAGGCGACGGGGGCGCCGGGGCCACCGCCGAUGGCAGCUUCGCGGCCGGACUCGCUUGAAAACCAAAAACACAAAAAGAGAGAGAGAGAGAGAAAAGAGAAACCCGAGAAAGAGAGAGAGAGAGAGAGCAAAAUCACCCACCACCCCCCAAAAACACAAAAAAAGAAAAUCUAUCUAUAUACAGAUAUCUAUAUCUAUAUAUAUAUAUAUAUACAGAUAUAUAUAUAUGAAGCGUCACAGAAUCUAGGGUAGCGCUUUUCUCAGAGUUUUCUCUUCCAUGAUGUUCUCUCCCUCCACGGGGACCCUCGCCCCACCGCCACCCCCAGCCCCGCUUGCCCCCCCCCCACCCCCGUCGAUGGCUUUCGGGGCUCGGUUUGGGGGUUCUGUGGGACACAAGGAUUCUGAGCUCCCCGGGCGCCGCCUCCCCCACCGCGCCCCUCCCCCCCGGCUCGGGGUCUGGGGUCCCAUCUGAGGCCGGGUCAGGGCCCCAGGUCCCCGCCGGGGUGAGGGGGGUCGCGGGGGACCGGGGUGGGCUCUUCUCUGCCUCCCGCUCGCUGGUUUCUAGAGUCUUCGAGACGAGACCUUAAAGAUGAUUUCUGUCCGCUGUGAGUGGACGUUAAAAUGGCCCCAUCCCCCCCCCACCCUCCUUCCUCAGGGCACUUCCUACGUGGGGGUCUCCCCCUCCAUCUCCCCGACCGCCUCCCCGCCUCCCGUUCCUGCCUGUGGUCCCCGCCGUGUCUCCUGGCCACUGCGACACACAUCUAUUUAUUUCCAGGCGUGGAAAAAGGGGAGAAGACGGGGAAGGGCGGGGGACGCCCAGGUGACGCCCCAAGGGCCCCCCGCCGCCUUCCUUCACGGCACUUACACCCCGGCGGGACCCACGGGCCACCACUCAGGGCGCCCCUGCCACCCCCCAUCUUCGUCCCCCGAGACCCAGGCCCCCCCCCCCCCCCCCCGACCCCAUGAGACGUUUGGAGAUUCAACAUUUUUUUGUCUUUACCCCCCUCCCCUCCCCCUCGCCCUCUCCCAAUUUUUAAAAGCACUUUUUAGAUUUGUUUUCUUUUCCUCCCUAAAAACAAAAUUUAUAUAUAGAUAUAUAGAUAUAUAUAUAAAAUAUACUUUUCCUCAGAGGAGCAGGUGAUAGUGUGGGGUGAAAAAGAGCCAAGAGCAGAGGGAACCCAGGGUCUCACGGUGGCAGGGAUGCGGGGAGCGAGUGUCCAGACGUUCCAGUGUCACAAAAGCAAUAAAAACAAGAUUUUACAAAAAUGAAAGGAAAAAAAAAAAAAAAAAACAACAA